ACGAACGCUUCUAUACCUUGCUCUGACAGCCGUGGAUCAUGCCUCUGGACCGAGCGAUACUGUGACGACCUUGCGUUCUACGUUUCCCCCCCUCCCGCCGCGAUGGUUUUCCUCCGCCUCACCGUUAAAGUCUUCCCCCGCGAACAAGUCCAGACCUCGUCCUCCUUCUCGCUGCGGUCGCUGAUCGGCGAUUCUUCACGCGAUGACUCGAGCAGAGGCGCGGCGACGUCUGCGACGGGCAAGCCUGUGAGCUUCCUGCUGGUGUUGGAGCAGCCGGAGGAGGUGACGCUGGGGGCGCUGGCAGGAAUGAUCCAGGAGAAAUGGGCAAAACUGCGACCGGAUGCUGGACCCCUGGAGAUCAAAAAACUGCUCGAUGAUAGCCACGACGCGGACGACUUGGACGCCGAAAUGACCGUGGCGGACGUGUUUGUUGAUAUUGGCAAGGGACUGCGUGACGGCCUCGACCAGCGUGGCGCGGUUCGAGUGAUCCAGAAGCCCGCCCCUUAUGCCCCUGUUCGAUUUCCCUCUGUGACACAAGACUGGGACGCAGCCGCGGAGGACUACGAGCGACUGAAGGACAUCAAGAAAGAGGCCAUGGAAUCGAUGCAAAAAUUAGCCACCAUUGAGGAAGAACCAUCUCAGUCGCAGGCCUCCAUCUCGGAGAGCAUUGCUAGCGAACCCUUGGAUGCUUUCCAUCAGCGCACGCCAACCUCGACUAGCGGUCACUCGCGCCGAGACGUCUCGUUGCCCUCAGUCGAGCGCGAAGAGGCUCUGCCCCUACCCCGAUGGGGUCAACCGCAGUCGACGCUGCUGGAAGAAGACUCGCAGAACCGCCGGACCAGUGCGAUCGCCAGUACGCCACCCCCGAGACGCCUUAUGAGCCAGGAACUAGGCGACUCGCCGGCCUCCGCUCGUACCCGCAACACCAGAUGGAUCGAUUCGAACGCGAAACCUCGGUCUCAGCCGGUUUCGGUCUCGGGACAGUCGGCCGCACGGAAUGGAUCGGAAUCACAUCUCGCAGUUCCCUCUCAGCAAUCGGGCAAUGCCAGUGGCUCCGAGUCGCCUCUGGGCACCCGAAAAGCGCUACCGAAGCAUAUCCCGGAACCGGAACCCAUCCUGUUGGAUGAGAGUUCUGACGAGGAGCGACGUGCAGAUGGAGAUGUGCAGAUGGCCGAUGCUGACCCUGAUGCCGACCUGGUUCCUCUCCCGCCCACGAAGGUGACCACCCCAUUACCAACCACCUCUCCCAUGGUUGUAAUUGAGAGCCCGACGGCCAAGCAGCCGACUUCUGCGAAGACGAAUGACCACGCCUCGGAACCUCGAACCCGCAAGAGGAAGAAGAGUCUCGAGCCCCCAACUCCCAAUAAGGAACCCCGUUUGGCCUCACAGAGCCCUACCAAGCCGGCCGACACGUCAAAAGAAUCGACUCCCAAAGCCCCCGAGCUGCCUAACGGCGGCGCCUCGGUGUUCCGUAGACCCUCUUUCUCGGAACCCGGCCGACGUCCAAGUCUCACAGAUCAGUCCAAGGGGGGUGGCCUUGGUCUAGGCAUCACGCGCAGUCCCCCGGGUAAGAAGACGGUGCCCUUUGAUCACUCACCGGACUCGACGCUGUCCACCGAGGCGGCGAACAAGCCUAACCCGCCGCCGCUCUUUACAACGCCUGCGUUUUCCAGUAGCGCCCCCGACACUCAGCACGAUCUGUCCACUCAGGAGAUGAUCACGCCCUCCAAGGUGCUGACCCCUGCGAUUGAGAAUGUGAAACGGCUUUCGUCCGCUCUGCGCAAAGAUUCACCGGGCGAUAAACACGGAGAGCGGAGGUCUGUCUCUUUCGCCGAGGACAAUGAUGUUUUCAUCUCUCAGCCCACGUCCGCUCCUCCAAAGUCUACUCCGAAGUCUACUACUACCCCCGUUUCCAAACUAGCCAAGGCAACGCCGGCGGCAGGCACACCAUCUUCCGCUACGGACUCUGCCAGAAAGACGUCGUCGACUCCAAGCAGAAUGGUGUUUCCAGAAGACGUUUCGCCUACUAAGCUGGCGCAAUACGAGAGGGAAGCGCAAGAAAAAGUGCAAAAGAUCCAGGAGGAGAAGGAGGAGUGGGAGCAGCGGAUCGCGAGCGCAGCCGAGGCGGGCAAACCGUCCGAGUACGUCCAGCUGCUGCGCGAUGUGUAUACUGCCUCGACUCAGGUGGGCGAAUUGGAGCGCAGUCACCGGCAGAAGGACAAAUCCAAGCUCAAGAAACUCAAGGGGGAGCUAGAGAAGAAAUGCAAAGAGCUUGAAACGUACGAAACCAGUCUAGCGAAUGCGGAUAACGGCCCUCCCACGCCUACAAGUGCAACCAAGAUCACCAAGACGAACGGUACGCUGGCCGACAAGCCCACGCCGGUCAAGAGCACUCCGUCGAAGAAAACGGUGCCUACCAAACCAGUUCCUACCGUCAACGGAAAGGCUAGUCUUUCGACCGCAAAGUAUCCUGGAAUAGCUACGACUGUUGCGACCAAGUCGACUCCUGUAAAGGACAUUUCAACUUCCGCCGCCACUGCUCAAAGCAAACCAGCCAUUCCCACCCCAGCGGCGAAGGCUCGUUCCAUAUCCUCGACUUCUUCGACGUCUGCAUCCAAGGUGAACGGCGUCAACGCUUCACAAACCAACCAAGUUCCUCCUUCUGCCCAGGGUAAGGCCGUGGAUCCUGUGAGACAGAAUAAGUUGAACCGAGGGUCCAGCCAGGAUGAACCGCUGGACUUGUCAACCUCCGACGAGGAGGAUGAGGGGUCCAAGUCUGGAAAUUCUGAGUCCGAGCCCGAGCCUGAUUCCCCGCCGAGCCUUGAAGUUUCCAGCUUGGUGGAUGUUGAAGCGGAGGAGGAGGAGGAGGAGGAGGAGGAAGAAGAGGAGGAAGAAGAAAAGGAGGAGGAAGAAGAAGAGGAGGAAGAAGAAGAAGAAGAGGAAGAAGAAGAGGAAGAAGAAAAGGAGGAGGAAGAAGAAGAAGAAGAAGAAGAAGAAGAAGAAGAAGAAGGAAGCGAAGGAGAUGCACCGACGGUGAGCAAGGCCGACAUUCUGGCCCGAGUUGCCCGGUCUUCUUCACAACCCACGAAACAACCGGUGCUGGCGUCCCCGUCCCCGUCGUUCAUCUUCCCACAGAACGCCAACGGACGUCCGACCCUCAAACUGAUGCGUGCCGUUAAACACCAGGAACAAGCCGAGCGAGCGCUCAAGAAGAAACCUGAUCCCAACGCGUCGCUGGCGGCCCGGAAGGAUAUCUUCGAAGGGCCGGACUCGGACAGCUCCGACGAAGAGAGCAGCGAGAGCGAGAGCGAGAGUGACAGUGACAGCGACAGCGAGAGUGAUAAUUCCGAUAGCCAAACCAAUAGCCGUAUUGGCGAUGACCAUGGCGACAUUCUUCCCAGUGGAAGUGCAAACAAGCUGCGAACCGCACGGAGAGUUUAAUCGGUUUCGCUUCUACCUUUUGUACCCUUUCAACGUUACUUUUUUCUCUUCUUUUUUUUUUUUUCGGAACAUAGCUUGCACCGCCAGCAGUUGUUGUUUCUUUUUUUUCGGUUGUCUUGACCAGCAGGUGUCUUGAUAGUAAUUUGGUAUGGCAUUGGCAGAC